UUGUGUGAUCAACAAACACAAUCAUCAUCAAUCAUGGGUUGUGAUAAUAAUAUUGGUGUGAGUUUGGCAUCCUUUGUCUUGGUUUCUUCACUUUUAUUAUUGUCUCCAAUCCUUUAUGUCUCUGAAGCACAGAAUUAUCCUCCUAUUGUCAAGGGAUUGUCUUGGGAUUUCUAUGACUCAAUCUGUCCUGAUGUUGAGCACAUUAUCAGAAACCAUCUCAAGAAGGUCUUCAAGGAGAACGUUGGCCUUGCCGCCGCCUUGCUUCGUAUCCAUUUCCAUGACUGCUUUGUUUUGGGUUGUGAAGGUUCAAUAUUACUUGAUGGAACAGCCGGGGAAACUAGCGAAAAGUUAGCCGCUCCGAACUUAAACCUGCGAAGGGAGGCAUUCAAGAUCGUCAACGACCUCCGCAAGCUCGUCCACAGCCGCUGUGGAAGGGUUGUCUCUUGCGCAGAUAUCGUUGCACUCGCCGCACGUGAUGCUGUUCACUUGUCUAAAGGACCAUACUACAAUAUUCCAUUGGGAAGGAGAGACGGGGUAAGGAUCGCAACAUCCGACGAAAUCUUGGCCGAUCUGCCACCACCAAGCUUCAACACUACUUUAAUUCUAAUCACUCUCGCCCCCAAAAACUUCACGACCACCGAUGUGGUUGCGCUCUCCGGCGCCCACACCAUCGGCCGCAGUCAUUGCAUCUCCAUCGCAGACCGGCUCUUCGGAUCCUCCAUAGACCCAACCAUGGACCCAGAAUUAGCCCAACAUCUUCUCAAACUUUGUCCAGAUUUAGCUUCCAUCAAUUCCACCACUGCGUUUAUGAUGGAUCCAAGGACUCCCAACACAUUCGAUAACAAAUACUACAUUAACCUUGUAAACCACCAAGGUCUCUUCACAUCGGACCAGGACUUGUACACGGAUAAUAGAACUCGAGAUCUUGUCACUAAGUUUGCUGCUAAUCAAACCUUCUUCUUCGAGAAAUUUGUGGAGUUCAUGCUAAAGAUGGGGCAACUGAGUGUGUUGACUGGGGAUGCAGGUGAAAUUCGGGCGAAUUGUUCAGCGAGGAACAAUGAAACAUAUUUCUCAACGUAUCCGGUGGUGGAAGGAAAAAAAUGGGCAACCUAUUGAUAUUUGAUGAAUGAAGAGCUUCCCCAUUGUAGGGUUCUGUAAUUGACAAAAAUAAACAAGCAUAAAUAAAACUUAUAAGAUCAUAUGUGAAUAAACGUAUAUGAUCUCAUUUCUACA